AUCGCAUAACAACGUCGUGUGAACGAACCCGCGCGACUUAACCCAAAGUUGCCGUGAAACCUUGGCGUUUAAAGUCUCAUAAACCUCUCCAAGCGGAUUCCACUUGUGCGACUUUUACAACUCGGGUGCUUUUAUAGCGGUUAAAGGCAAAAACAAGAAACUACGAGAGAAUGUCGAAAUGGGAUGUGGAGGAGUUGAGGCCAUGGGUGGAGCGCACGGUGAAGAAGGUACUUGGUUUCUCGGAGCCUACUGUGGUCACCGUGGCUCUGCAGUGUGUGGGGAAGGGUCUGGACAAAAGGAAAACAACAGACCAGCUGCACCCUUUCCUGAACGAGUCAGCCGGAGGUUUCGUCGAGCGUCUUUUUGAAGCAUUGGAGGAGAGCCGCGGCACCCGUAGCAGCAAAGGAACCGGAGAGAAGAACCGCAAGAGAGAAUUGCUGAAGGAUGUGUUUGAGACUGAUGCAGGAGGCAAGCAACCUGCAGUGGAGUCUGCAGAUGGUACAGUUCCCAAACGUAAGCGGGUCCCUCGGUUUCAGGAGGUGGAGGAGCCUGAGGUCAUUCCAGGAGCGACGUCCGAGAGCCCUGUAAUGCUCACCAAAAUGCAGAUCAAGCAGAUGAUGGAGGAAGCCACAAAACAAAUAGAACAACGAAGGAAACAACUGAACAUCCCAUCUCCUACUGCAACACAAAUGGAGCCCUCUGCAAUGUCCCGGCUUCUUGGAAACGCUGCCGCAGGUGGCGGCGGCUCCAUCGUGCCCUCGCAGGCAGCCAGCUUCAUGAACGACGCCAUCGAGAAGGCUCGCAAGGCCGCCGAGCAGAAGGCGCGUCUCCAGUCCCAGUUAGCCAUUCAACCCAACGUCCUCGGAGGUUUGGGAAACACCAUCCCUCACAACUUUGUUGCACUGGCUAACCUUCACGCCAUGGGAAUCGCCCCGCCAAAAGUGGAAAUAAAGGAAGUGAAUAAGCCAACACCGCUCAUUCUGGAUGACAAGGGUAGGACAGUGGAUGCCACUGGUAAAGAGAUCGAGCUCACGCACCGCAUGCCCACGCUAAAAGCCAACAUUCGAGCGGUAAAAAGAGAGCAGUUCCGUCAGCAGCUGAAAGAAAAGCCCGGGGAAGAGUUGGAGUCCACUUCCUACUUUGACAAUCGCGUCACCAUCAUAGCGCCACAGCGGGCCCGCAAGACCUUCAAAUUCCACGAGCAGGGGCGGUUUGAGAAGAUCGCUCAACGAAUCCGAACUAAGGCCCAGUUGGAGAGGUUACAGAAUGAGAUUUCCCAGGCGGCGAAGAAGACUGGAAUCCACGCGUCCACCAAGCUGGCUCUGAUUGCCCCCAGGAAGGACAUUGGAGACAGUGAAAUACCCAACAUCGAGUGGUGGGACUCCUUCAUCUUGCCCACCAACAUGGAGAUAACCCCAGAAACCAAAUUGGAUGAGGUGGUGCUUUUUGGUGUGACCAACUUAGUGGAACACCCUGCACAAAUUAGCCCGCCAAUUGACACAGACAAGCCAGUCACGCUGGGCUUAUACUUGACCAAGAAAGAACAGAAGAAACUGAGAAGGCAGACACGCAGGGAAGGCCAAAAAGAAGUGCAAGAAAAGGUCCGUCUGGGACUGAUGCCUCCACCGGAGCCAAAGGUUCGCAUCUCCAACCUGAUGAGGGUGUUGGGGACGGAGGCUGUUCAGGACCCCACAAAGGUGGAAGCCCACGUCAGAGCACAGAUGGCCAAGAGGCAGAAGGCUCACGAGGAAGCCAACGCAGCGCGGAAGCUCACGGCCGAGCAAAGGAAAGAAAAGAAGGUGAAGAAGUUGAAGGAAGAUCUCAGCAAUGGCGUUCACAUUGCGGUCUACAGAAUCCGCAACCUACAAAACCCUGCGAAGAAGUUUAAAGUGGAAGCCAACGCCAACCAGCUCUACCUGACUGGCACUGUCGUUCUCCAUCGAGAUGUCAACCUGGUUGUGGUGGAAGGAGGCCCCAAAUCUCAGAAAAAGUUCAAGAGGCUCAUGAUGAACAGAAUCAAAUGGGAGGAGCACAACUCCAAAAGAGAUGAUCCAGACGGAGAUGAUGACACGAGGAGGAACAACAAGUGCUAUUUAAUUUGGGAGGGCACAGCCAAGGAGCGCAGCUACGGGGACAUGAAGUUCAAGCAGUGUCCCACAGAGAGCAUGGCCAGAGAACACUUCAAGAAGCACGGCACAGAACACUACUGGGAUCUGGCCCUCAGUAAGAGCGUGUUGGAUAGUGCAGAUGAUUGAAGCCUGACCCUGAACACCGCAUCACGGACCCUAGGACUGGUUGGCGUCACAUUUGAACUUGAACUAACAGGAUCAAUAAAGCCUGCAAGAACAUGUGACAAAUCAUGCGUGUAUGAAUGCGUGCGUGUAUGUCUGCGUUUUUAGAUUGUGUCAGAUUCCACUUAGCCACCGGUUUACUUUAUGAUAGGAUGACUGAAAUGUACUCUUUAGUCAAGUUAUGAAUAAAAAUCUAUGCCAUCAGCCAGUGACUGGGUUUC